CCCAGACCCCAGACGACGGGCAGGAUUCAUGAGCCGGUCGCAGGGGCCGGGGCAGGAGCCUCUGGCUCCAGACGCUGGCCGAGAGGUGAUGAGUGAGGUCGAGAGAACGGAAGAUUUAAAAAGCAACCGGGGCCUCCGUAUUGAAUGAAAGACCCAGUGCAAAGGCAUCACCAUGAACACGAGCAUUCCUUAUCAGCAGAAUCCUUACAAUCCCCGGGGCGGCUCCAAUGUCAUCCAGUGCUACCGAUGCGGAGACACCUGCAAAGGAGAAGUUGUUCGGGUCCACAACAACCACUUCCACAUCCGAUGCUUCACCUGUCAAGUGUGUGGCUGUGGCCUGGCCCAGUCGGGCUUCUUCUUCAAGAACCAGGAGUACAUCUGCACCCAGGACUACCAGCAACUCUAUGGCACCCGCUGUGACAGCUGCCGGGACUUCAUCACAGGAGAGGUCAUCUCCGCCCUGGGCCGCACCUACCACCCCAAGUGCUUCGUGUGCAGCUUGUGCAGGAAGCCGUUCCCCAUUGGAGACAAGGUGACCUUCAGUGGUAAAGAAUGUGUGUGCCAGACCUGCUCCCAGUCUAUGACCAGCAGUAAGCCCAUCAAGAUCCGCGGACCAAGCCACUGUGCAGGGUGCAAGGAGGAGAUCAAGCACGGCCAGUCACUCCUGGCGCUGGACAAGCAAUGGCACGUCAGCUGCUUCAAGUGCCAGACCUGCAGUGUCAUCCUCACCGGGGAGUACAUCAGCAAGGAUGGCGUUCCAUACUGCGAGUCUGACUACCACUCCCAGUUUGGCAUUAAAUGUGAGACCUGUGACCGAUACAUCAGCGGCAGGGUCUUGGAGGCUGGAGGGAAGCAUUACCACCCCACCUGUGCCAGAUGUGUGCGCUGCCACCAGAUGUUCACAGAAGGGGAAGAGAUGUACCUCACAGGUUCUGAGGUUUGGCACCCCAUCUGCAAGCAGGCAGCCCGGGCAGAGAAGAAGUUAAAGCAUAGACGGACAUCUGAAACCUCCAUCUCACCCCCUGGAUCCAGUAUUGGGUCACCCAACCGAGUCAUCUGCGCUAAAGUGGAUAAUGAGAUCCUUAAUUACAAAGACCUGGCAGCUCUCCCCAAGGUUAAGUCCAUCUACGAGGUACAACGCCCCGACCUCAUUUCCUACGAGCCUCAUUCCAGAUACACGUCUGACGAGAUGCUGGAGAGAUGUGGCUAUGGCGAGUCGUUGGGAACAUUAUCUCCCUACUCCCAGGACAUCUAUGAGAACCUGGACCUCCGGCAGAGACGGGCCUCCAGCCCGGGAUACAUCGACUCCCCGACUUACAGCCGGCAGGGCAUGUCUCCCACCUUCUCCCGCUCGCCUCACCACUACUACCGCUCAGGGCCCGAGAGUGGCCGGAGCUCUCCAUACCAUAGCCAGUUAGAUGUGAGGUCCUCCACUCCGACCUCUUACCAGGCUCCCAAGCACUUUCACAUCCCAGCUGGAGAAAGUAACAUCUACCGGAAACCCCCGAUCUACAAACGGCAUGGUGAUUUGUCUACAGCAACCAAGAGCAAAACAAGUGAAGACAUCAGCCAGGCUUCCAAGUACAGCCCAGCCUACUCGCCAGACCCCUACUAUGCUGCAGAGUCUGAGUACUGGACCUACCAUGGGUCCCCCAAAGUGCCCCGAGCCAGGAGGUUCUCAUCUGGAGGAGAGGAAGAUGAUUUUGACCGCAGCAUGCACAAGCUCCAGAGUGGGAUUGGCCGUCUGAUUCUUAAGGAGGAGAUGAAGGCCCGGUCGAGCUCCUACGCCGAUCCCUGGACCCCUCCCCGGAGCUCCACCAGCAGCCGGGAGGCCCUGCACACAGCUGGCUACGAGAUGUCCCUCAAUGGCUCUCCUCGUUCACACUACCUGGCUGACAGUGAUCCUCUUAUCUCCAAAUCUGCCUCUCUGCCUGCCUACAGGAGAAAUGGGCUGCACAGGACACCCAGCGCAGACCUCUUCCACUACGACAGCAUGAACGCAGUCAACUGGGGCAUGCGAGAGUACAAGAUCUAUCCCUAUGAACUGCUGCUGGUGACCACAAGAGGGAGAAACCGACUGCCCAAGGAUGUGGACCGGACACGCUUGGAGCGCCACCUGUCCCAAGAAGAGUUCUACCAAGUCUUUGGCAUGACCAUCUCAGAGUUUGAGCGGCUAGCCCUCUGGAAGAGGAACGAACUCAAGAAGCAAGCCCGGCUCUUCUAGGCAGAGGCUCUAUACAUAUAGAUGCAUUUAUAUAAAGAUUAUGUAAAAUCUCUAUCCUGAAGCGCGGUGUCAUCCCCCUGUGUGAUGGGACACGCUGCCUCUGUGAGACUUGCUUUUCUGUACUGUCAGGCAAGCCACAUCAUUAAGGUAUUUUUAUGCUCCUUACUUCUCUUUUCUAUGUGCUGUGGGAUCCGGGAAGGGAUUUGAAGGGACCCCGUCCUUUUGCUGGGGAUCCUUUUUAUACUGAAACAUCUGUCCCAAAGUGAGUCCCCCAAGGUCCAACUCUGUUCAAAAGGUGCCUGAAGGAGUCUCUCUGCUCUCUGCUUCUUGGCCCUCUCCCGAGUCUCCAGGGCUCAUUUUGACCUUGCAGUUCUCACACACCCUUGGCCCCUUAGGGGCCCUUCUAUGGGAGGAUCCACAGUGAUCUCCCCAAAUCAUCGAGCACCUUCAAGGUCUCGUGAAAAAUUUUCUCCACACCUCCAAUUUGGAGCUCUUUGCUCUCAGGGUGGUGCAGUUAGAAGUGUGAGCCCCAGAUCCACUCGUUACACCUGUGGACAGAAGUGGACAGGGCCCUGGCCUCUCCUCAGCUCACCAACCCUCCUCCUCUGCCCUUAAUCCUGAUCACUCCCUUGUCCAAAUCUAGGAUUCAAAGGUAGAAAAAGAAAAAAGGUGCUCCCUUCCCUCCACCACCUCCAACUGGCCUCUUUGCCUGGCCUGGACUUGGAGGAACAGAGGAGAGGAGAGGGAGCUGGGAACAGGAAAUGGAGCCAGGCACCUGCCAAAUCCAAGCUGUGGGACCUCUGACCCUCCUCUCUCCCUCACUGCUCCCAGCACCUCCUGACGCUUCCCCCUUCCUAGGAGAGGCUGAUUGUUGCAGCCUGUAUUCUUCAGCCUUAUUACAAUCUAUGUGCCUGAUGACCUACCUACCACAGGGCUAACGUUCCCCCCACAGCUCCAACCCAACAACCAGAGAGACAGCUCUCACCACCCUCUACAGGGAGAAUAGGCCACACCCCAGAGAAAGGCUCUUGGCCUGGGCCACUGGGCAACCAUAUUAGACCCCCACAUCAAUCCCAGGUCCCACUGCAAAGUUGGCCAGGUCUCAUGGAGGAAACUUCCAGAGCAUGACUUCUUACAAGAUUCCAAAAUGAGGUGUUGGCCAACACUGCUCACGGUCAUCCAGAUUGUCCCAGGGGCCUGCCUUUCCUGUCUCUGGAACAGGGGUGAAAGCUUACCCUUUUCUCAUCCUCUUUCCAAACUUUCAACCCUGAAUUGGCCAUGUUUGGGGGAUGGGCACUGUUCCUUCUUGGAGAUAUGUUGUUUCAGACCAUCUUGAGAUCAUGGAGGAAGGAUGAAGAAGUGGAGGUGACAACUGUGACUCUCAAGUGGCUGGUAAUGCAAUGAGGCAAAUGUCAAACUAAAGUCCAUCCAACAACCCUCACUGAGUACCUGCUGAAUACUGAGCACUGAAUGGGGGAGAGGGGUGCUGGGAUGAAUCAAUGCGGGCCCCAUCUCAGAGGCACGCCUAAUAAGAGUGGGCAACAUGAGACGUACACCCAAACAUAAGGAAUAUAAGGCAGAAAGUGAGAGAAGGCUUGAGAAAGUGUGACAUUACUGAAGAGCCAGAUGCAGUUGGUGCAGACCAAGGAGAGCUUUCUGGAAGAGACUGCAUCUGAGUGAAAUCUGGAAGGAUCUCUGUAAACUGCGAGUUAAAAGGGUAAUAGGGUGGAGAGACCAGAAGGGAAGUCGAAUGUACUCUGGUUUAAGAUGUCAAAUCUCCCUGCAACUUCUCUUCUUGGCCAACAUCUUUCAAUGUUCCUGACCCGUGAGAAAUGUCCCCAGCCAGACACAAUCAUUGAAACUGCCUCAUUAUCACUGGUUAACAACUUGCGAGACUGAAGGGCUUUUGUUAUUGUUGUUGAAUAUUUUUGUUUCCCAUAAAAGCACAUCAUUGCAACCCAGACCCGUGUUCUCUGUGGUUUCCAGCGUGAGUGGAAAUGACUGACAUGGGAAAAGGCUAAACCAUGCACAUUUUUUUUUCAAAAUAAAUAAAC